AUGAUUGGGCAGCAGAUAGAGGAGUUUGUGGUCUCCGAUCAAAGCAAGCGGGGCCAAUGCUUGGGAAGCUAUUUGAGAAUUCGAGUUGCUCUAGAUAUUACCAAACCACUAAGGCGUUGUUUGCCAAUUCAAUUGCCAGAGGGUAAGGUGGAAUGGAUUGACCUCCGAUAUGAAAAACUCCUGCACAUUUGCUACUUAUACAUUCUUGGACCUGAAUAUCGUCGACCCCUGGGAAGGAGAUUUGGGAUCUCCGACCCGAUGGACAUGGCGGCGGUGUUGGAUUGA